AUGUCUUUACUCGCCGUCGGUGUUCCUAAGCUUCGAGUCGCUAUCUGCGGCGGCGGUAUCGGUGGCCUCACUUUGGCAUGUGCUCUUUCGCAUACGAAAGAGAUCGCAGUGGAUGUUUAUGAGAAAGCGGCCGACUUUUCCCCCGAAGUUGGCGCCGGGAUUUCAAUCGGCUCUCGGAUCAAACCAUUCUUGUCCGAGCUAGGUCUGGCUGAAGAAGUCGUCUCUCUAAGUGCAAGAUCCAAGGGGUCAAAGUUUUCCAUCAACAAAGCCGACACGUCUGAAGUGCAACCGAUCGUAGAGGGAGAGUCGGAUGACACAUCCAUGCUGCAUCGCGCUGACUUCCACAACAUCCUCUUCCGUCGUAUCCCGAAGUACAUUGGGGUGCACAAUAAGAAAGCCCUUGUCUCAUACUCGGAUCCACACGAUGAUAAUUCGACUGUCCGGCUGGACUUUGCGGACGGUUCAUCCGCUACCUGCGAUGUUCUAGUCGGCGCCGACGGUGUCAAGAGCGCUGUGAGAGCUGCCCUGCUCGAGACAUUGGCUCAGAGUGCCCAGGACCAAGGAAAAGCUGCAGCGCUACGUGAAAGCAUUGAACCUCGCUUCAGCGGCGUCACCUCAUACCGGACAGUCGUUCCCAAGGAGAAGUCUGCGUUGCCAGCGGAUAGUCCAGUUUGGGCAUCAGCCGCCAGGAUCUAUACUGGCGGUGGAGUAUCCCUUGUUACCUACCCCAUGUCUCGAGGGAACAAACUCAAUACAGCACUAUACACAGUUGAUUACUCAAAAGAGGAUCAGCCGCAUCCGCAACCAUGGGUCGAACAGGUCAAGGGCGAUGAGCUAGUCUCUGUCCUUGACAACUGGGCGCAGGAACCGCGGGACGUCAUCACGGGAUUUAAGGGUCUGAACACCAAGAAAUGGGUAAUCAACGUUGUGGGACCACUCGAGAGUUGGUCUGCAGGUCGAGUGACUUUGCUCGGCGAUGCGGCCCAUGCGAUGACUCCGUUCCAAGGGGCUGGUGCCGGGCAAGCCAUGGAGGACGCACAUGUUCUCUCAGCUCUCUUGAUGAAUCCUCGGAUUACACGCGACAACGUCCAUAAGGCACUCAAUGUAUACUCUGACAUACGUCAGCCUAUCGCAACGGCCUUCCAGGAAGCUUCGAGGACGGCAGGGAAGCUUAUGAGCAACGCGACUAUGACCGUGGAGGAAUUGAAGACGGAGUUCUGGCUGUCGGGUCAAUCGGUAUGGGCUCGCCCUAAGCUUGAAGAUGACGUGAAACAGGCUGUCGAGUUGCUCGAGAAAAUCGUCGCUGCCUGA